UCGAAAGCCAUGUCUUUGCUUAGAAGAAGACGAUGCCCUUUCAGUGAAAACUCGAAACCCCAAAAGAAAACAUAUGAGACCAUCGCCGGCGGCUACGGCUGUUUCAGCGAUGAAAACAAGAGGAAAACCCCAUUAAAGACCGUCAAGCACGGCGAUGAACCGCCGCCGGCGAAGGGUUCAAGGUUGGACACGUGGUUUUGGUUGAUGGGUUGCGUUUGCGUCACGUGGUGGUUCUUCUUGUUCCUUUACAGCGCAGUGACGGCUUCGUUACCCGAGUACGUGAUGGAGGCGAUUGCCGGGCCGUUGCCGGACCCGCCUGGCGUGAGGAUGAGGAAACAAGGGUUGAUGGUGAAGCAUCCGGUGGUUUUUGUUCCGGCACCGAUGACCGGCGGACUUGAGCUUUGGGAAGGACGGAAAUGUGCUCAAGGAUUGUUUAGGAAGCGGGUUUGGGGUGGCACUUUCAGUGAAGUUUACAAGAGACCUCAAUGCUGGGUUGAGCACAUGUCAUUGGAUAGUGAAACUGGUUUGGAUCCAAUUGGUAUACGAGUGAGACCUGUGUCCGGACUAAUGAGUGCCGAUGACUUUGCUUCAGGCUAUUUUGUGUGGUCGACUCUGGUUUCCAACUUAGCACGCAUCGGAUACGAAGAGAAAACCAUGUACAUGGUUGCCUACGAUUGGAGACUCUCGUUUCAAAACACCGAGGUACGGGAUGGGACGUUGAGCAGCAUCAAGAGUCAUAUAGAACGGAUGGUAGCUACUAGCGGGGGACAAAAGGCUGUUAUUGUUCCACAUUCCAUGGGAGCUCUAUAUUUCCUGCAUUUCAUGAAGUGGGUCGAAGAACCGGCCCCGAUGGGCGGAGGCGGCGGACCCGAUUGGUGUUCUAAGCAUAUUAAGGCUGUGGUUAACAUUGCCGCACCGUUUCUUGGUGUUCCGAAAGCUGUUUCCUUGCUUUUCUCGGCUGAAGCCAAGGAUGUUUCGGUUGCCAGGGCUAUUGUACCUGGAUUUCUUGAGAACUAUAUAUUUCAACAUCAGACAUUGCAACAUGUGAUGAGGCUGAGCCGUUCUUGGGAUUCGACCAUGUCGAUGAUACCGAGAGGUGGCAACACCAUAUGGGGUGGUCUAGAUUGGUCACCGGAGGAAGGCUAUCCUUGUGGCCGGAAAAGAGAAACGAAAAACGGCACCUGGAUCAUGGAUCGAGCUCGUGUUAAAAGUAUUGUUUCACAAACAAGAAGUGCAAAUUAUGGAAGGAUAAUAUCCUUUGGCAAAAAUGUUGCUGAGGCACCUUCUUAUGGUAUUGAGAGAACAGAUUUCAGGGGUGCUGUUAAGGGUCAUGGUGCUGCAAAUCAGACUUGCAGAGAUUCGUGGACCGAGUACCACGGCAUGGGGUUCGAAAGUAUCAAAGGUGUUGCAGAUUAUAAAGCUUACACUGCUGAAUCAGUUGUCGAACUUCUUCGUUUCGUUGCACCGAAAACGAUGGCACGCGGUGCUGCUCAUUUCUCGUAUGGAAUCGCCGAUAACUUGGAUGAACCUAAAUAUAAACACCACAAGUAUUGGUCGAACCCCCUGGAAACGACGUUGCCAAAUGCUCCUGAAAUGGAAAUCUUUUCUUUCUAUGGAGUCGGUCUACCGACCGAAAGAGCAUAUGUUUAUAAGUUAUCUUCUGCUGCCGAGUGUUACAUUCCGUUUCGGAUAGAUACAUCCACCGACGAUGAAGCGACCUGCUUGAAGGACGGUGUGUAUUCCGUGGAGGGGGAUGAGACCGUACCGGUUAUAAGUGCCGGUUUCAUGUGUGCCAAAGGUUGGAAUGGUAAAACCAGAUUCAAUCCUUCAGGAAUUCGAACAUAUAUUCGGGAAUACCGUCAUUCUCCGCUGUCGAAGCUACGGGAAGGACGCGGCACCCUUAGCGGAGCUCACGUCGAUAUAAUGGGAAAUUUUGCCUUAAUCGAGGAUGUCAUGAGGAUCGCGGCCGGAGCUUCGGGCGAGGAACUGGGAGGGAAUCGAGUUCAUUCCGAUAUCUCCAAAUGGUCCGAGAAGAUCAACUUGCAAUUAUAAGCCUGCACUGGUGCAUACCGUACCCUGCAGGCUGCAUUAUAUUCCCACUUCGAAUCCUCCGUUCAGUACACUCGAAUUCGAUGGCGCUAAUCGAUCUUGUUAGUUCAAUAAGGACUCCCGAAUCGUCAUAAACCGAUUUCCCGACCAUUUUUGUUUCUAAGCUUCGACUGGUUUGGAAAUUUUUUCAACCAUGAUAAUCUGUCUAAGAAACUGUUCUUAUCAAUUGUAUCAAAACAUUCUUUUGAAGCCCUAAACCGAAACGAAUCCUCGGUUAUGUAAAUUCGGAUUCGACGUCAUUUAUCGAUAUCGUUAGUUCAA